AUGGGGCUGCAAGGCAAAGGCAAAGAUAGGGCAGUGUUUAUAGAAUCUGAAAGUGAGACGAUCAAAGAUGAAAAUUUUGAGUUUAAUGAAGGUAUUGCAAAAACUGGGGAAACAUUGCAAACUGACAUUUUAGUUUUACCAAGUUUUAACUUGAAUGUUAAUCAAAACAACCAAGAAGGGCAAACUGGUACAGACCUUAUGGUCACUGAAGAAGAAACUUACGAAAAUCAAGUUUUACCUGAAAAUCAAGAUGCAGUUCAAACAAAAGAAUGCACUAAUAAUCAGCCAAAUGUAGGACUAAGAAGGUCAAAAAGACCAAAGAAACGUGCUUUACAUCAUGAUGAUUACCUUCAAGACUCAAAGCAUGAUGUGAAGGACAUUGAGGAUCCUAUGAAUUUUAAGCAAGUAAUGAUGAGUGACAAAAAUGAAAAUUAG